GUCAUACAUGGGUAUAUGUUUAGUUUUAUAAGAAACUGCCAGCCUUUUUUUCCAAAGGUGUAAUAUUUUACACUCCCAUCAGCACUGUUUAAGAGUUGUAGUUGCAGCUUUCUUCGGAGUAGCUUCAUGGAGAGGGCUAUGUGGAAAGAAACAGACAUCUCCAGGGAACAGCCAGCAAGGACUUGAAGCCUGCCAACAGCCAUGUGAGUGACCUUGGAAAUGAACCUUCCCCUCGAUGAGCCUUGUGAGACACCCUGAGUCAGAGGCAACCAGGUUGACUAAGCCCAGUUCAUGCAGUCGUGUCAGCAAGAGAAGAUGGCGGCCGAGAGGGAGUCUCCUCCACUAGGGGACAGAAAGCCCACCGACUUUGAGGACCUGGAGGACGGAGAGGAUCUGUUCAGCACUGUUUCUACCCUUCAGUCAAGUCCAUCAUCUCCAGAACCAGCUAGUCUUCCUGCAGAAGAUAUUAGUACAAACUCCAGUGGUCCAAAACCCACAGAAGUUGUGCUAGAUGAUGACAGAGAAGAUCUUUUUGCAGAAACCACAGAAGAAGUUUCUUUGGACAGUCCAGAAAGGGAACCUAUACUGUCUUUGGAUCCUUCUCCUACAGUUACCCCUGUCACCCCUACUACGCUCAUUGCUCCCAGAAUUGAAUCAAAGAGUGUAUCUGCUCCUGUAAUCUUCGAUAGAUCCAGGGAGGAGAUUGAAGAAGAAGCAAACGGAGAUAUUUUUGAUAUAGAAAUUGGUGUGUCAGAUCCAGAGAAAGUUGGUGAUGGCAUGAAUGCUUACAUGGCAUAUAGGGUAACCACAAAGACUUCCCUUUUCAUAUUCAAUAAGAGUGAAUUUUCUGUUAAAAGAAGAGUCAAUGACUUUCUCGGCUUGCAUAGCAAAUUAGCAAGCAAGUAUUUACAUGUUGGUUAUAUUGUGCCACCUCCAGAAAAGAGUGUAGUAGGCAUGACCAAGGUCAAAGUGGGAAAAGAAGAUUCAUCAUCCACUGAAUUUGUAGAAAAACAGAGAGCAGCUCUUGAAAGAUAUCUUCAACGAACUGUAAAACAUCCAACUUUACUACAGGAUCCUGAUUUAAGGCAAUUCUUGGAAAGUUCUGAGCUGCCUAGAGCAGUUAAUACACAGGCUCUGAGUGGAGCAGGAAUAUUGAGGAUGGUGAACAAGGCUAUCGACACUGUCAACAAAAUGACAAUCAAGAUGAAUGAAUCAGAUGCAUGGUUUGAAGAAAAGCAGCAGCAAUUUGAGAACCUGGAUCAGCAACUUCGUGCCAGUGUUGAAGCCUUGGUCUUUCAUAGAAAAGAACUUUCAGCCAACACAGCUGCCUUUGCUGAAAGUGCUGCCAUGUUAGUUAAUUCUGAGGAUCACACUGCUUUAUCUAGAGCUUUGUCUCAGCUUGCCAAGGUUGAGGAGAAGACAGACCAAUUACAUCAAGAACAAACUUUUGCUGACUUUUAUAUGUUUUCAGAACUAAGUGACUACAUUUGUCUUAUUGCUGCAGUGAAAGGUGUGUUUGACCAUUGAAUGAAGUGCUGGCAGAAAUGGGAAGAUGCUCAAAUUACUUUACUCAAAAAACGUGAAACUGAAGCAAAAAUGAUGGUUGCUAACAAACCAGAUAAAAUACAGCAAGCUAAAAAUGAAAUGAGAGAGUGGGAGGCCAAAGUGCAACAAGGAGAAAGAGAUUUUGAACAGAUCUCUAAAACAAUUAAAAAAAAAAAACUGGGAAGAUUUGAGAAAGAACAAGUGAAAGAUUUUAAAACUGUUAUUAUCAAGUACUUAGAAUUGUUAGUACAAACACAACAACAGCUGAUAAAAUACUGGGAGGCAUUUCUACCUGAAGAAAAAGACAUUGCCUAGCAAGAUUAUUCCUAUUAAGAAGAUCUUGGAUGAUUGUUCCAGUUAUGCUGAA